UGUGCAGUGAAGGGUGAAAGGCACGGUAUUAUGAUAAUAGUUGAUAUAAAUGUUGGCCUGACAAUAUUUUACUCAUUAUAGCUGAUUGAAUUACAGCAUAAACAGGAGAUAUUAGAGUGUAACGUAGAUCAAUACCGAGAGAAACACUAACGGAAGCCUCCUGUAUACAGGCCCGCAGACACUUAGUAAGGAACAAGAGAACCUCGGACCGGAAGCUGUUUAAGAGAGAGAACUAUAGUGUAUUAUACCAGUAAAUAAGAAACCGUUAUAGGAAGACAGGAUUCUCCCUUAUAUCGAACAGCAGCACGAGGAGCACCAGACGGAGCGCGAGAGGCAGCGGGCUGCAACGGUGACAACCCAGCAGUAGCAGCAUCAGUAGCAGUUGCUAUCUCUCUGGAUGAGGAACGUCACACAAACUCUUGGAUGAACUGAGAAUUACACUUCACAAGCAAUGGAAUCGGGCACCUGGAAUUUAAUAUUUCAUCUCGGCGUUCUGUUUGGAAUUUUAACCUUUCUGGCCAGCCUCACAGAAGCUCAGCUUUGCACUCGCUCAGCACGUGUGGAGGCCGGGAAGAAUGUCCAGCGAGUGCCUAUGAUACGGAGAAUCCCAGCUCAGUGCUCCAACUGGGACAGGUCAUGGGUGUGGCUCACCAAGAUAGACUGCGGAACCAAAUAUGUAACGGAGUUUGUCAAUUUUCCCAGCCGAGAUCCGACCUACAGAACGGAGUAUGUGUGUUGUCCUAAUGAUGCUGAGUGUAAACACGCGGCCGCCCGGAACAAUGGUCUGAAUGAGUCAGACGAGCGAUUCCUCGCCAUCACCUUCGGAUCAGCCACUGCAGUCCUCAUCAUCAUAGGCCUUGUCUUCAUCAUCAGCUUCUGUCACAAACGGAGAAACAGUUUUAUAUUCUGGAGUCGGAACCAGGAUGCCUAUGAAGCGACCAAUGGUGUUGAGCAGACUGGCUGUAACAUAGACAGUGCGGGUCAGAACGACUACGUCAGUGACGACCUUAAACUCGUGGAGUCAGAAUACGAGGAGAUCUGUGAUGUUAACCAAGACUGGAAAAAAGAGAAACUUCCCAUAUUUGACAAAGUUUGUGAUCCAGUGGAAAAUGGCUCCACAUUUGUUGGGGAAAAUUCCCUCCCACAUACAAAUGGCGUUCUUCCUGCCAAAGUAGGUUCUGACAGUGACCAGUCUAAACCAAUCUGUUGUACAGAGCCGGUCCAGUCUAUGGACGGUAACCUCAUCAUGGCCGACCGACUGCUGUCCCAGUCCAAUAACGGUGCGGACACGCAGGAAAUGGAUCUACUUCACCUUACAGACUUCAGUGAUAUCAAAACUCCUAAUGAUUCUCAAUCUACUGAUGUCGUGCCAUCAGAAACUGUCAAAGACUCCAAUAUAGCUAGUAGCCAUUUUAUCGUAGAUGAUGCCAUGGAAGUUGUAAAUGCACCCAUAGUGCAGCCAAGUUGUCCACCGCUACCGGAGGAGGCGGGUCAGUGUGAACCGUCGGGUCCAGACCAGUAUGUAAAUGUUUCAGGUGAAAAUAGAGACACUUUAACAGAAAAUUAUACAAAUUUGAGCAAGGUUGAAAGUUCUCAUCCCUACGAACACCUUGACCCUAAUACACGAGAAGACCCCUCGUCCAGCCAAACCUACGAGGCCUUAAUUCCAGCCAUUUCUCCGGACAAUCGUCUGUCCACUGACCAUACAGACAGUUGAUGUGAUCUAUAUUAUACUGUUCUAGGUUAAAAUCAAAUAUGUGUCUCAACGUCUUGAUACCUAAAUAAGAGGUAGUGUCCAUUUAGUGGGAAUUCCAAACCUCUCCGUCUACAGGGACCACAGCGGGAACAGCCUUAAUGGAGUUCACCUCAUCUGUAUCCAACACUAAAAACUGGUCAGGUGACUCUGUCUACGAAAAAGGAAAGAAGAAAAUAUCAACAUCAAAAUAAACCAAAUGUUUUGUAAUGCUUGCCAGUGUAACUCAAGGUAUGGCAGUAACCACAACACAUAUUUACGUACAAUACUUCAACCGUGGUUUGUUACGGGACGUUACUUGUAACAUUAUUUGUGUUAUGUAAUAAUGGUCAUGGUAACUAUGGUAACUAUGGUAACUAUGGUAACCACUGUAACUCUGGUCACAGUUAGUCAUACAAGCAUCUCUAAUAUAACCAUGGUUAUCAUGGUAAAUAUUACUUUGAUGGCCGUUACUGUGACAACAGUUACUAUGGUAACUAUAACUAUGCUUAGUGCUUUCGUAGCGAUCGUUACUAUGGUAACUAGUAUCAUGGUUACCGUUGCUAUGACCAUGAUUACUAUGGUUACUAUUAUUAUGUUAUGAUUAUCGCUACUAUGGCGAUGGUUACUGUGGAUUAUAUUACUAUAAUUAUCGUUGCUAUGACUAUUGUUACUUCAUGGUAACUGUCAUAGUAAACUUUAUUUACGAUAUAUCAUAUUUACUUUAAAAGUCUUUUGAUAUUUUCAACAGUGAUAUUAAUAUCACAAACAUACCUACUUCUAUACUUCUGAUGAUGAUUGUUAAAUGUAUGAUUUCUCAAUGGAGACUAAAAUUGAUCCAUUUAUGAAUUUGUUAAACAAAUGCCGUAAUUUUCUCGGACAUAUGAUGCCAUAUAAUGGUAACUAAGACAAGUUAUUAAACCGAUGUAGUUAACACGAGACACUUGGUGACUGACGGGUACGAUGUAUUUAACACGAGACACUUGGUGACUGACGGGUACGAUGUAUUUAACACGAGACACUUGGUGACUGACGGGUACGAUGUAGUUAACACGAGACACUUGGUGACUGACGGGUACGAUGUAGUUAACACGAGACACUUGGUGACUGACGGGUACGAUGUAUUUAACACGAGACACUUGGUGACUGACGGGUAUGAUGUAGUUAACACGAGACACUUAGUGACUGACGGGUAUGAUGUAGUUAACACGAGACACUUGGUGACUGACAGGUACGAUGUAUUUAACACGAGACACUUGGUAACUGACGGAUACGAUGUAGUUAACACGAGACACUUGGUGACUGACGGGUACGAUGUAUUUAACACGAGACACUUGGUGACUGACGGGUACGAUGUAGUUAACACGAGACACUUGGUGACUGACGGGUAUGAUGUAGUUAACACGAGACACUUGGUGACUGACGGGUACGAUGUAGUUAACAUGAGACACUUGGUGACUGACGGGUACGAUGUAUUUAACACGAGACACUUGGUGACUGACGGGUAUGAUGUAUUUAACACGAGACACUUGGUGACUGACGGGUACGAUGUAGUUAACACGAGACACUUGGUGACUGACGGGUACGAUGUAUUUAACACGAGACACUUGGUGACUGACGGGUACGAUGUAUUUAACACGAGACACUUGGUGACUGACGGGUACGAUGUAUUUAACACGAGACACUUGGUGACUGACGGUUAUGAUGUAUUUAACACGAGACACUUGGUGACUGACGGGUACGAUGUAUUUAACACGAGACACUUGGUGACUGACGGUUAUGAUGUAGUUAACAUGAGACACUUGGUGACUGACGGGUACGAUGUAUUUAACACGAGACACUUGGUGACUGACGGGUACGAUGUAGUUAACAUGAGACACUUGGUGACUGACGGGUAUGAUGUAGUUAACACGAGACACUUGGUGACUGACGGGUACGAUGUAGUUAACACGAGACACUUGGUGACUGACGGGUAUGAUGUAGUUAACACGAGACACUUGGUGACUGACGGGUACGAUGUAUUUAACACGAGACACUUGGUGACUGACGGGUAUGAUGUAGUUAACAUGAGACACUUGGUGACUGACGGGUAUGAUGUAUUUAACACGAGACACUUGGUGACUGACGGGUACGAUGUAGUUAACACGAGACACUUGGUGACUGACGGGUACGAUGUAUUUAACACGAGACACUUGGUGACUGACGGGUACGAUGUAGUUAACACGAGACACUUGGUGACUGACGGGUAUGAUGUAGUUAACACGAGACACUUGGUGACUGACGGAUAUCAGAUGUGUGUUAUGUAUAAAAUUGCUUUCAUGACUCGUUUAUUCUUCUCUUCUUUGAGUUCAAGUCCUUAUCAUAAGAACAUUUAGAAGCUCUAUUUGUGCUGUUUAUAAUGUUCUGUUUUAUUGUGUUUUGUUGUUCAUAUUUUCUAAACAUUAACACAUAUUUACUAUAUAUUUUUCAUCUUUUCUUGUAUUUUUAAAUUUAUUUAUUUUUUAUUCUAAAGCUUAACACAAAUUUCGUUGCCAAAAUGGUGUUUAUCUUAAAUGAUUCUGUAAAAUAUACCCGUUGAUUAUCUGUGAGUAGUGGACAUUAGUGUAUUUAACAUUGAUCUAGUGUUAAAUGUGAUUCCAUCGAGCUGUGUAUAUAUACGUGAGGCAAUGGAAGGGGACCUGAUCGUAAUAUUUGAACGAAUGUACUGCAUUGAAUUCUGAUUGGUUGAAUGAAUGGUUGUGGAUGAUAUACAGAAUUUUGAUUGGUUGAAUGAAUGGUUCUUGAUGAUAUACAGAAUUUUGAUUGGUUGAAUGAAUGGUUGUGGAUGAUACAGAAUUUUGAUUGGUUGAAUGAAUGGCUGUGGAUUAAUGAAGCACUGUAUGUAGCUUUACAAUUCUCUUUCAAUAAUUGUUACCGACUCUUACCUAACUUGUUCUAUACAUUGCUCAAUAUAGUCUCUCGGUGUUUGGUCGUGGUGUUCGAGUGUGAUAUGAUUACGUCAUUAUGUAUAACAGCGCACGUGUUUUACACUUACAUAUUUAUCAGAAUAUCCCGAUCAAGUCGUCUUCAUUUAUAAGAAACACUCUCUGAUACUGUUACAUCACUCGGACGAUGUUGAGUUGGAAUAGAGACACGAGAUGGUUAGAAGAUUUGUGUAUGUCCACGUGUUUAUCACGCGCCAUACAUAAACUAAUAAGGUCGUGUUUUACUCUUCUGUUUUUGCUCCAUAAACACACCAAGAAUGUUUACCAAUAGGAGAAAAACGUAUAAUUUCAGUUUCUGUGAAUUUUUAAAACAGCGAUUUUUAUUUUAAUGAAAACUUCACUGGGUCACGUAUCAUUACAGUGUAAGUGUACACGGAAGUUUGACCUGGUCAUAUUAUCUACAUUCUCAUUCAUUUUAAAUUCUUGUCAUGUUUGAAGAGGAGCACUUGCAAAUAAAUUGUUCAACUUUUACGCUA